AGCAAAGGGCUUUCUUAUUAUCGUCACCCAUGCUUGUAGAACUCAUAACUAUCUUGUCAUGUCUUGUCCUCGCUUGCUCUGAAAAGGUUUAAGGAAUGAGGAUAUACCAGCCGAGAAGAAAAAGCGGGAGAGAUAAACUACACGGGACAGAUUCUACACCAGCCCUCCGGCCUCUACCAUGGAGCAAGAAGAAGAAGUGGUGGCUGCAGCAGCUCGAGAGGAUGAAGACUCCCAGCUGAUUUACAGGAUCGAGCGUCCUGUCUACAAUGAAACUCUGAUCCAGGCACAGCUUCUUAAACGCAAAGAAGACACCACCACAAAUUGUCAGAAGCUGGCAGAAAAGUUCCAUCCCUGCUCCACAGGACUAGCCUACGCUAUGCUGGCUGCGGUGCCUCCUGUUUAUGGUCUGUACUCCUCCUUCUACCCGGUCCUGCUGUACACCUUCUUUGGCACGUCCAGACACAUAUCAGUAGGUACCUUUGCUGUCAUAAGUCUGAUGAUUGGGGGCGUCGCUGUGAGGGAGGCACCAGACAGCAUGUUUAUGAAUAUCAAUGCUACUGGAGCCAACGCAUCUGAUGCCAUCAACGUGGAGCUUCGUGAUAAGAGCAGGGUCCAGGUGGCCGUGAUGGUCACAACCCUGGCGGGACUCAUCCAGAUUGUUUUAGGUCUUCUCAGGUUUGGCUUUGUAGCAAUCUACCUCACCGAGCCCCUGGUGCGAGGCUUCACCACAGCAGCAUCCAUGCACGUCGUCAUCUCCCAGCUGAAGUACUUGCUGGGGGUGGAAACGCAGCGUGAGCUCAUUGCACUCGGUCUGUGUAACUUCAUCAGCUCCUUCUUCCAAACGUUUGCCGUCACCUGCUCCAUGUCGAGGAGUCUGGUCCAGGAGAGCACAGGAGGCAAAACACAGAUUGCAGGGCUCCUGGCGUCGCUGCUGGUGCUGGUGGUGGUGGUAGCCGUCGGCUUUGUCUUCGAGCCGCUCCCUCAGACUGCGCUGGCUGCCAUCAUCAUGGUCAACCUCAUAGGGAUGUUCAAGCAGUUCAGAGACAUUCCCAGUCUGUGGAGGACCAGCAAGAUUGAACUGGCCAUCUGGGUGAUCGCCUUUAUCGCUUCUGUGCUGCUGGGACUGGACUACGGCCUCCUGGUGGCCGUCACAUUCGCCAUAUUGACAGUCAUAUACAGGACACAGAGCCCUAAAACUUCCAUCCUGGGUCACGUCGCUAACACGGGGCUCUACUGUGACGUCGACGAGUAUGAAGAGGCGGCUGAAUAUGAGGGGAUUAAGAUCUUCCACUCCAACUCUUCAAUCUACUUUGCUAACAGUGACCUGUAUGUGAACAGCCUCAAGGAGAAGACGGGGCUAAACCCUGAACACUUACAAGCUGCUCGGAAAGCCCAAAAAAAAAGAAAGGAGAAGACGAACAGCAAUCGGUCGUCUCCGCUGAAAAUCUGUGCCAAGUACAAGGAUGAGACGGUGACUCAUGACGUUUUGUCCCAGAGCCACGUGGCGGAGGAUCAGAAGAACGGCCAGUUUGGCGACAGACAUGGCGACUCAGAGGAGGCGGUCUUCCUUGAGCCUUUCAGCACAGUCCACUCCAUCAUCCUGGACUGGACGUCUGCAACUUUCAUCGACUCAGUGGGAGCUAAAGCCAUCAGACAGGUCAUUAAAGAGUAUGCUGCCGUAGAUGUCCGGGUGGUCAUAGCUGGCUGCAACAGAAACCUGCUGGCUGAACUGGACACCUUGAAGUUCUUCACUAAGGACCUGACCACAGACUUCCUGUUCCCCACCGUCCACGACGCCGUGCUCCACUGUCAGCACUCAAACUCUCACCCGUCUGUGGCUGCGGUCAGCGACACGACCUGAGGAUGGGACGUAACUGAGAACAAGUCACAGGAAUGGGACGUGGUGGCGCUCUCACAACCUCACUGUGAACUUGUUGUCAGCUGAAAUAUCAGGAGUGUUUUUCAGUCUUGUUAAAGUUCCAAAGCAGCAAGAACAUCGUUUUAAUCAGAACCUUCAGGAUGUGGCGUCCAGCCUGAUUCCUCUGCAGUGUUGACACUGCACUUUAGUCAUGUUGUAGUUCUCACUGUUUGCUGAAGUACUUUUUAAAGCUGCAGCUUUGUCUACAUGAUGUUAGCAGGUACUGUUGGAGGCCUUGUUGUAAACAUGUAAUACUGACCACCUCAUUAUCACGCUGGUACCAAAUUGUUACCUAUAAUCUGUCAAUAUGAUUUUUGUUAUCCUGAUCUGGAAUGACCUUUCCAGUCUGUUUGCAGUGUCAUGUUGCUGUUACUGUACACUUGCAUUGGUAUGACUCAUAUAUGAAUGCAGUGGACAGCUUUAAUUGUGCUGUUAGUGAACGACACAGGAGGCCUUUCAAGCUCCCUGUGCUUAUUUUGUUAAACACUGAAACUGAAA